AUGAGGCGCUGCAUCACUUCCUCCACCCUGAGGGGUUCGUUCUCUUCCCGAGCCAUCUCGUCCGCGAGAUCCCUCGCUGCCCCUGCCCACGCUCACGCUUCGGCUCAGCCCGACGCCUCGGUGUACCGCUCCAAGCAGGGAGGCUCUUUCGAGGAGGCCCUCGACAUCAAUGUUGUUGAUGUUGAGGAUCUCUUCAAUCCCGCUUCCGGCUACUGGGAGAACCCCGCCAACUGGAACGACAUGGACUACGUGUGGAAGCUCAAGGUCGAGAGGCUUCAGCAGGAGUUGAACAUCCCUGCCGAGCAGGCUGCCAAGUUCCGCAAGGAGCACGACAUCUCGAAGGGCUACCUCACCCUCGAAUGGAUCCUCCCCUCGCCCCCUCCUGAGCACACCUUCGAGGAGCUCCCCAUCCUCAAGGAGACCGAGGAGGAGCCCGCCACCUCGUUUGAGGCCCGUGCUGCCAGAUUGCUGGAGAGCGCCCACAAGGCCAAGACCGUGAGUGCUGAGCACACCCAGACCUUCGAAUCGCUCGCCAAGGAGUUCAGCUUCAGCGACAGGGAGAAGACCGCCUUCAAGGAGCUGCUCAACCGUUAUGCCAAGGGUCAGACGCCCAGCUUCCCCAAUGAGUAUGAGGAGCAUGCUCACGAUGAGCACCACUAG